AUGUUGAAGACUUCGACAAAUAUCGACCAAUCAGAAUUAAAUACUACACAUUCAUCAUUAUAUUUGAAAGCUGCCAAUAAUGAUGAUCAAGUUGCGCAUCUUUCAUCAGAUAGAUUGACCAGAAAUGAAUUUAUCAUUAUGAUUGUCAGUUGUGUCAUUUCAUUACUGACUAUUCUUACAUUCAUUAUUGGUUUAUUAUAUAUUCAAAGAAAAUGUAAAUACAUUGAGUGGUUUAAUCAUCAUUAUUUCUGUAUAAAAUGUAAAUUUACAUUGAAUAGAACAACCUACAAUAAAAAUGAAAGAAGAUACAAUCAUAAGACAGUUGGAUACUUUGCAGCAGUGGAUUUGUCAGAAGUUAUACAAAAUUCACUUACUGAUGAUGAUCAUUUCAAUGUAAUUAAUAAUAAAGAAAUGAAUCAAUCACUCAAUCAGCCUUAUUUGAAUGAUCGCGUAGUUCCUAUAAAUCUACUUGAUGGUUACAUAACAACUAAUCGCAUUUUACAUGGGCAACAAUCAACUUUACAUGAGACAUUUUGUUGUGAAUAUAAAAGUAAGUGA